AUGUCUCAAGCCUCCUGUAAUCAAUACGCCAGUGAAUCUAAAAAAGCUGUCGAAUUAUUUAGAUCCUGGCUGCAAACACAUGAAGAAGCUCAGAUAAUGGUGGGCAGCGUUCUGAUCGUGUUUGGUCUGUGGUGGCUGGCGCGCACGCUGUUCACUCUGGUCGUCAACCUACUCUGUCCACUCCUGUUUGUCCUCCUUGCUGUUAUUUGCGUGCCUCAGCUUCGAGUAUCUCUCUUGGGUCAAAAUUAUCCAAUAGUUGCAAAUUUGUUGAGAAGUAUUUUGCUCAAAAUGGCUGAUAGUCUCAGUACCGCUGCCUAAAUUGU